AUGGGGAAUGAAUACAAGAAAAUUAUCCUGCUAAAAGGAUUUCAGCACAUCAGUGAUAAAUGUUUUAACAUGAUUAAGUCUUUACUUAAAGACGAUUUAAAACUGACUAGUAAAACGCAAGAUGAAUACGACAGAACUAAAAUUGCUGACUUGAUGGAAAUGAAGUUCCGAGGGCCUGCAUGUGUUGACAAGCUGAUAGAGUUGUUCAGAGAAAUAGAUGAAACUAAAGACCUUGUCAAAACUCUUAGAAAGGAGAAGUUAAAAGCUAUAAAGACAAUCAAGGCAAAAGGAGCCACUCCAGCGGAAAAACAGGAUAAGUCCAGUCUUGGGCAAUCCACAUCCACCGCGAAUGAAGCUUCGGGAUCUGAAUCAGUCAAGGAUACACCUGUGAAGAAAGAAGAAAAUGCAUGUCUUUCAACUGGAAAAAUAGAAGACAUAACCACUAGAACUGCUGACCCCAGGAUGAAACUAUCCCUGGAGCAGAGUCAGCUUCUGAUAAUUCCAACAUGCAGCAUAACGCCAACUAAGAAUUGCCUCCAGACUCCUCAGAAGCUGCCACCAACCACAUCCAGCAGUUCCUCAACCAAGAAACCAAGAUUGAAGUCUGUACCUAAGGAAGCUUCCAGAGAGGAGGGCUUACAGAGAGGCCCCAAAGAAGUGAUGGUGCUGAAGGCAACGGAACCAUUUACAUAUGAUGUCACAGGAGGCAAGAUGAUGUUUCAUGCCACAGUGGCUACUGAGAGUCGGUUCUUCCAAGUGAAGAUUUUUAAUGUUGCCCUGAAGGAGAAGUUCAUCCCCAAUAAAGUCAUUGCCAUAUCAGAUUAUAUUGGCCGCAAUGGGUUCCUGGAAGUGUUCAGUGUCUUCUCUGUGUCUGAUGUUAACCCUGACCGAAAGAUGGAGAUCUCUAAAAGCCUAAUUCAAAAGGCAAAGGCAACUCCUAAAAUCAGUCAUCUUUAUCUGCAACACCUAGGAACAUUUGUGAAUGGGGUUUUUGUGGUGCAUAAGAAAUGGGCAUAUAGUGAAUUCAUAUAUUAUGAAAUACGAGAUGAUACAGGAGUGAUGGAUGUCGUGGUUUAUGGACAGCGACUAACCAGUAUCAACUGUGAAGAGGGUGACAGACUCACACUCGUGUGCUUUGAAUUGGCAGAAAGUGGGGCUAAGAGGCAGCUGAGAUCUGUAAUUCAUAGUUACAUCAAGUUUUAUGCAAAUUACAAACUUUUUGGAGUUCUGUAA